CAGAAAGUCCGAUCCACGGGGACGGGCGUUUCCGAAACGCGCAACGCGCAACGCGAAACGUCACGAAGUGUUACCGACUGUGACCCGUUACGCACCUUUUGUGGCCCGAGUACCAAGAAUAGCAAGCUGAGUAAGCCGCUUCAUUACAUCCAUUUGGCUUAUAUGCUGCUUCAAAGCCUCAGUAAGUAUCUUGGCUUUGCUACUAGCAGUAGUUGA